UACUUGCAAGUGGCAUGAAUGGCUAAAACUUCGUGACUUUUAUAUAUUCCAUCCCUUAAUGGAGGUUUGAAAUAUUGAAACAGAUAAGUUAUUAUGAAUAAAUAUAUGUAGACAAAGAAAUUAAAACACUACUCAAACCGUUCAGUCAGAUAAUAGGACAAUUAAAAUUGGUAAUGAAAGUACUUGUCACAGGAGGUGCUGGAUACAUUGGUUCAGUAUUGGUACCGAUGCUUUUACACGAAGGACACGAGGUUACAGUAUAUGACAAACUGAACUGGGGUAUACACUCAUUGCUCCAUGUUGUUCACAUGUCUAAUCUAAAAAUUAUUCAGGGUGACGUGACAAAUCGAGAUCAUAUUGCUGAAGUUGUUUUGGAGAAAGACGCAAUUAUCCAUCUCGCUGCAGUAGUUGGAUUUCCUGCGUGUGAUUCAGACCCAGAUGCUGCCUUGUCAACAAACAUUUUGGGAACACAAAACGUAGUUGAUAACAUGACGAAAACACAAAUUUUGAUAUUUGCAAGUACAGGAUCUUGCUACGGGUAUGUAGAAGGUGUCUGUACUGAAAAAACAACACUACAACCUCUUUCGUUGUAUGGAAAAAGUAAAGUACGUGGAGAAGAAAUAGUUCAGUCUGUUGGUGGCAUAUGUCUAAGAUUCGCAACGUUAUUUGGACUCUCCCCUAGGAUGAGACUUGAUCUUUUAAUAAACAAUUUAACAUUUACAGCUGUAAUGAAAAAUCAUAUUCAAUUGUUUGAAGGUCAUUUCAGAAGGACAUUCCUGCAUGUUCGAGAUGCUGCGCGUGCAGUUAUAUUUGCUUUGGAUAAUGCAAUAGUAAUGUCGGGUCAAGCAUUUAAUAUUGGAGAUGACCAAUUGAACAUGACAAAGUUACAAGUUGUACACAUUAUACAGGAGGUAUUACCUGACUGCACUAUUAGCACAGUUAGUGAUAAAACUGAUAAUGACAAAAGGGAUUAUGAGGUGUCUUAUGAGAAAAUACAUGAAUUAGGUUUCCAUCACAAAAUUGAAGUAAAGGAAGGAAUACAAGAAAUGCUUAAAGUAUUUCCUUUUCUAUCAUUAAAAGACAGCAUCAAAUAUUCGAAUAUAUAACGCUGCACAUUAAUGAAAAUAUAAUAUUAUAGGAGGAAAAAAAUAAAAUAUAAGAAACUUUU